CUGAGGACUUGCCACAUACUUGUUUCCGUGAGCCGGCUAGCAUCUGCUGUCACACAAUGAAGGACUUUGGCAUUUUAAAAUGUAAUGGGGAGACGUGAGGAAAACUGGAUGGAGUGGUCAGAAAGCUGGCGCUUCUUCGCCAAUCCUAGUGACUGAUGGCUUCAAACGAAUGAUACCGAGACACUGAGGACAAUCUUCAUCAUGGGCAGGAUCAGCUUUUCCUGCCUUUUCCCAGCCUCUUGGCAUUUCAGCCUGCCAUCCCAGAUCCUUCCUCGCCUCUUGCUCCCGUCAUUCAGGCAGCUGCUUUUCCUCGGCCUGCUCCUCUUCCUACUGGGAGCGCUUUACCUGUUUUUGGUCACUGGAAAGUUUCCUGGCAGCUGGAUCACAAAGGAAAACAACUUUCACAGGCAUAUGGCACGAGUAACUGACGUGGACAGAACAGAUGCAAGUAAUCCUGACCUGAACUAUGGGUUGGUGGUGGAUUGUGGCAGCAGUGGCUCUAGGGUGUACGUGUACUGCUGGCCCAGUCACAACGGCAAUCCCCACGAGCUCCUGGACAUUCGGCAAAUGAGAGAUCAAAAUCGGAAAUCUGUGAUAAUGAAGAUCAAGCCAGGGAUUUCUAAACUGGCUCAAACACCAGAGAAAGCCAGUGACUACAUCUAUCCACUGCUGAGCUUUGCAGCCGAACACAUUCCCAAAAACAAGCACAUAGAAACACCCCUUUACAUCCUGUGCACAGCUGGAAUGAGAAUUCUACCUGAGAGCCAGCAAGAGGCUAUUUUGGAAGAUCUGCGCACUGACAUCCCGGUCCACUUCAACUUCCUCUUCUCGGAUUCCCACGUUGAAGUAAUUUCUGGAAAACAGGAAGGGGUCUAUGCGUGGAUUGGAAUCAACUUUGUCCUUGGGAAAUUUGAUCAUGCACGCAAUGAUGGCGAAGCUGUUGUAGAGGUCAACGUCCCGGGCAGUGAUCAACAGGAGCGGCUGGUACGAAAAAGGACUGCUGGUGUUUUGGACAUGGGUGGAGUUUCCACACAGAUAGCAUUUGAAGUGCCCAAAACUGUAAGCUUUGCAUCUCCAGAACAGGAGGAAGUAGCCAAGAAUUUACUGGCGGAAUUUAAUCUGGGAUGUGAUGCCCAUCGCACAGAUCAUGUGUACCGUGUGUACGUUUCCACCUUCCUGGGUUUUGGAGGAAAUGCUGCACGCCAAAAAUAUGAGCAGAGCCUCGUCAAAAGCACCACAACUCGAAAUAAGCUGUUUGGUCAGCGUAUCGGCGAGACGGCAGACUCCCCCCUCCUGGACCCCUGUCUUCCCACAGACCUGCAGGACCAGAUCGGCACCCCUGAACAGAAACUUCAUGUGCUAGGCAUAGGCGACUUUGACCAGUGCAGACACGUGCUUCAACCCUUCCUCAACCGCACCAAUGAGACUCAAACAUCUCUGAGCGGCAUCUUCCAGCCGGCAAUUGACUAUAGCAACAGCCAGUUCUAUGGCUUCUCUGAGUUCUACUACUGCACAGAGGACGUGCUGCGCAUGGGUGGAGACUAUAACGCGUCCAAAUAUGCCCAGGCUGCCAAAAGUUACUGUGCCACCCAGUGGAAGACUCUGAGGGAGUGCUUUGACUCUGGUUUGUACGCUUCCCACGCUGAUCUCCAUAGACUCCAGUACCAGUGUUUUAAAUCUGCAUGGAUGUAUGAAGUAUUACACUCGGGCUUCUCUUUCCCUCCUGACUACAAAAACCUGAAAACUGCAUUUUUGGUAUAUGAUAAGGAAGUCCAGUGGACUCUUGGAGCUAUUCUCUUCCGAACACGAUUUCUUCCUUUGAGGGACAUCCAGCAAGAAAGUCUCAAAGGAGUGCACUCCCACUGGCGGCAUAGCUUCUCAGUUGUCAACAAUCUCUACUUAUUGCUGGUCUGUUUCUUCAUUGUCGUUCUAUCUAUCAUCUUGUACGUGCUGCGACUUCGCCGAAUCCAUCGGCGCUCCGCGCAGCGUUGCUCCCCUUCUUCUGUGCCGUGGCUGGAAGAUGGCCUGGGAUCACCGACACUCCCAAUUAACCUAUAAACUCUUGUUCAAGAGCCUCGCCAUAUUGUACAAAAGGUGUCUUGGACAGGAAGUGUGACUGAGCUGCAAAAAUUUGUUUGUUAUUGUGUUCAUGUCAGGUCAUAUACCUGCCAAAUAAAAUUGUCCUAUUUUCCUACAGAAGAAACAAUACUACCCAGAAAAGUUGGACAAAUUGUUUUUUUUUUAAUUUAUGUGGGCAUUCUCCUCUUUCUGCCUUUUUACAAAGCAUUUUUUGUUACUUUUAAUAUGUACUAAAUUACACACCUAUCCAUCUUUAAGUGGCAAGAGCACUGGAAUUCAUAUGACAAUUGUUAAUACUGCUUGUGCUGGUACUAUUUGUGUGCAUGAGUGCGUGUUGAAUACGUGUGCAACAGAAGUUGAUGCUAUACUCGUGCAAUAGAUGUCUUGUCACUGUUUCACUCCUUCGAAACACUCUUAUCGAAUAGACCUGAUUUUCUUAUGUCUCGUUAUGUACUCUGAGCAUGGGAAGCUGGUGCGGCUAUUUAAGUUGGGCUUCAUUUUUCGAAGUUGACAUAUGACUCAAGAAGAUUGGUAAUGAGCGAAUGCAACAUGUUAUGUAUUCACAAUUAUCCAUCCAUCCAUCCAUUUUCUGAGCCGCUUCUCCUCACUAGGGUCGCGGGCGUGCUGGAGCCUAUUUCCAGCUGUCAUCGGGCAGGAGGUGGGGUACACUCUGAACUGGUUGCCAGCCAAUCGCAGGGCACAUACAAACAAACAACCAUUCGCACUCACAGUCACACCUAGGGGCAAUUUAUAAUCACCAAUUAAUGCAUGUUUUUGGGAUGUGGGAGGAAACCGGAGUGCCCGGAGAAAACCCACGCAGGCACGGGGAGAACAUGCAAACUCCACACAGGCGGGGCCGAGGAUUGAACCCGGGUCCACAGAACUGUGAGGCUGAUGCUCUUAACCAGUCGCACACCGUGCCACCUAUUCACAAUGAGUGUAGUGAAAUGUUUGUCAUAUUGAAAUAUGCUAAUAAAGGUUUGUGGUUUAUGAGUAUUCUCUUGCCUAGGAAACUGAUAUCUGAUAAGUUUUCUGCGCCCUUGUCUGAAUAUGAGCCCUCAAGUAUUUCAAUGUUUCUCCCAAUGUUAGGCACUCCUAAAUCUAGGGCAGCACAGUGUUUCCAUAACCGGUCUUGCAACUAAUUAAAGUUUCCUUAUAGGUGAGAAAACAUUAUGACGCAUCACAAUGAUUUGCUCACACUCUUAUAGCAAUUGUACUUACAGUUUCAGCCAAUGGACAUUGAUACAAUAUGGUUAACUUCCAUCCAUCCAUUUUCGAUGGAUGGAUUUCGACAUUGUCACAGGUGAACUGUGGCCUAUCCUAGUUGACUAUAGACAACCAUUCACACUCUGUCUUUAAUUAACCUAAGGCAUGUUUUGGGAGGAAGGUCACACAAACCUGAUGAGAAAACGCAUGCCACACAGGAAGACCAGAGUUGAGAUUCGAAACCUGAACCUCGCAGAUGUGAGGUAGAUGUGAAAACCACUAGCUCACUGUGCUGCCCAAUUUAGGAAAUUUUUAUUUUUCAAACAAGAACAACCUUGCAUAAGUG